CGAUCAUGGGUUCUUCUUCUAGAAAUUUGUAUGCAGGAAUAGGUGAAGGGCAAUCAACCACACGGCCACCUCUUUUUGAUGGAACCAAUUACACAUAUUGGAAAGAACGAAUGAGAAUCUAUAUUCGUUCCACAAACUUCCAAUUAUUGUUGGUUAUCAAAAACGGGGAAGAGGUGCCGAUGAAGAAAGUCGGAGAUAAGUUGAUCCCCAAGACCGAAGACGAGUUUGAUGCCGAGGACAUCAAGAAGAUCUUCUACUGCUCAACCGCAAAGGAGAUGUGGGACAAACUUGAGGUGACAUACGAAGGAACAGACCAAGUACGUGAAGCCAAGAUCGACUUCCUCACCCAAGAGUAUGAGAUGUUUAGGACGAAGGAGCACGAGAAGAUCAACGACAUGUUCGACCGAUUUUCCAAGAUAGUCAACGAUCUUCAUGCAUUAAAGAAGACUUACACCGACAGGGAUCUUGUGCGAAAGAUCCUACAGAGCUUGACAUCCGAAUGGCGAUCCAAGGCCGAUGCCAUCUAUGAGUCAAUCGGCACAUCAAAUGUCACCAUCGACGGUUUAAGAGGUAAUUUAAAAACUUAUGAAUCUACUAUACUUAACCCGUCUUUGAAUGAUCAAAGGAAAGGCAUAGCAUUAAAAGCCUUCAAAGAACCAACGAUGAAUGACUCAAGCGACGAUGAUGAAGUCAAGCUUGUCAUGAAGAAGUUUUGCAAACUUCUAAGGAAGAAAGAAAAGGUUGAGGAUGGCCCUGUGUGCUAUGGAUGUGGUGAAGCCGGGCACAUCAAGAACAAAUGCCCAAAAAGCGGAAGGAAUGCUCGUCACUUCAAAAAGCAAAGAGCAUACAUCUCGUGGGGUGGCGACUCCGGCGAUGAGUCAAGCGAGCAAGAGGAAGACAAAGAAGCAAACCUUUGUCUCAUAGCUCAAGAAGAAGAUCAGAGGAGUCCGCCAACGACGAAAACCAAGAGCCUAUACCACUUAUUCCUUCAAUCUUUCUUCAAAAACGCCUCAAUCAUGGCCGGAGGAAGAUCAAAGUCUAAGGCUUCUAAGAAGAAAAGCACCGCCGAACCCUCAAGCUCCGCGCCUCCUCCGUUCCCAUAUUUGGACGGAUCAUUUCUUGAGUUCGGGUCGGAGGAAGAACUCACACGCUUCCUCACUCACUUUGCCAAGUGCCCGUUCUCUCCACCUCGAGUGCUCCCGGAGUUGUUUCCCCAAGACAAAGGGUACCACGACCUCGACAACCAACUCCAAGCGUCGGGCUUGUGGCCAUUCGUCUCCAAGAGCCACUCGAGCUUCAAUCCCGCCUUCGUCCGGGCUUUCUACUCCAAUCUCCGUCGUGACGGGGACACCAUUCGCAGUAGCAUCAAUCUAUACGACAUAGAGAUUGAUUUGGCUACCUUUGCUCGGGUCGCAGGGCUGCCCAUCCGCGGUGACGACAUCGCAACCUAUGGUGGCGACGAUUGGAUCCUCAACAACAAGGCGGUCGUCAUUCGUGAGCUUGGGAUCACCAACUUGAUCCGCCACAGCGGCGCACCGACGAUUCACUCGGCCCCACCGGACAAGCGCCUCCUCCUCUACAUCAUCGCUCGGAUUCUUCGCCCCCGGGACAGCAGCCAUACCUCGCUCUUCAACGAGGACUUGAAGGCGAUUCAUUCAAUCAUCCACGGCGCCUCCAUCAAUUGGGCGAAAUUCGUGAUGAUCCACAUGGCGGAUUGCGCCUCCAUCGCCACUGAGCGGAGCUUGCCAUACGCCUUCCUCGUCAUGGACCUCAUCAUCUCCGCCGACAUCUCCAUCGCCGGCCCGGAUACGAAGAUGACAAAGAUUUGGAUAAUUCAAGACAGCACCUUCCGGAAGA